GUCAUGUUCUAUCCUUUUCAUUGUGUUUUGUACUAACACUCAGUGUGCAGAGGGGUUGCAUUUGAUGUGGGUGACGGCUGACGUGCCCCAGUGCCUCGACUUCACAAAUACUUGGCAUACUAAUGGUCACAUUUUCUUUCCCCUUCAUAGCAGUAAUAUUUUAUUGAAUAUGUUUUUUAAAGAGUGUGAUCAUUUCAAGAUUUUGUGAGACAAAUCUGGUGAAGUGUAGAUUUUCUAAAACAAUAGACGUCUCUCACUGGUGUUUAAAAAAAAAAAAAAAAAAACCCUCAAAUGAGAUGCAUGUCUUGCUGGUUCCUUGGAAGAAAGCUGCUGGCAGUCUGUCAGUCUGUCUGCAACUGGGCUGUAGGCCAGUCUGGAGUACAGUAUUAAUACAGGGCGAUCAAAUCACGUGGGUCUGCCAAUGUUUCGCAAUUGGCUUCGACCUGCUGCGUCUUGUGACGGUGCAUGGUGGUAGGCCAUCGCCCCUGCUUUUAUACGGCCAGCAAGCUACUUGGCAAUUCUUGUCUGUUGUUCCUUACUCCGCCAAAUCCAGCUUGAUGCUCAGGUCACACCUCAAGAUGGUCAUCUUUGGACCCGGCGCUGCUUACGCCGCUUGCACCGCCGGCUGACCCUGACCUGGAGUCGAAGAUGAACUGGGGGACCUUUUAUGCCGUGAUCAGCGGCGUAAACAGGCACUCUACCGGCAUUGGACGCAUUUGGCUCUCCGUCAUCUUCAUCUUCCGUAUCCUGGUUCUGGUGGUCGCUGCAGAGAGUGUUUGGGGGGAUGAGAAGUCCGGCUUCACCUGUAACACCCAGCAGCCCGGCUGCAACAGCGUUUGCUACGACCAGUUCUUCCCCAUCUCGCACAUCCGCCUGUGGGCGCUUCAGCUCAUCCUGGUCUCCACCCCCGCGCUGCUGGUGGCCAUGCAUGUCGCCCACCGACGGCAUAUCGACAAGAAGAUCCUGAAGAGGGCAGGCCGCACCAGCCCCAAGGAGCUGGAUCACGUCAAGAACCAAAAGUUUCAGAUCACGGGAGCCCUGUGGUGGACGUACAUGAUCAGCAUCAUCUUCAGAAUCAUCUUCGAGGUGGCUUUUCUCUACAUCUUUUACUUGAUCUACCCUGACUUUAAGAUGGUGCGUUUGGUUAAAUGUGACUCGUACCCUUGCCCCAACACCGUGGACUGUUUCGUCUCCAGACCGACAGAAAAGACGAUAUUCACUGUGUUCAUGCUGGCAGUGUCUGGGGUGUGUGUGCUGCUCAACCUGGCCGAGGUGGUGUAUCUCAUCGGAAGGGCCUGCAAACGGUGCUUCGGUAGCUCCGAGGAUGAGUCCAAAGUGGCUUGGAUAAGUCAAAAAUUGUCUACUUACAGGCAAAACGAAAUCAAUCAGCUGAUAGCCGAUCAUUCUCUCAAGUCUAAGUUCACUGUGACCAAAAAGAGCCCAACUGAGAGGGGCGAGAGAUGCUCUGCUUUCUGAGACUCCCUUUAAACUAAUCAACCGUAAUCACACCUGUCCAUGGAGCAUGUUCUGCAUUAAUGACACAUAUACUGUAUAUUUGAUCAUUGUCAUUAUUUUGACCAUUUAUUUAUGUAUCAUUCAGUCAAAUGCUUAUUUAUUCUUGGUUUUUCUAUUCAUUUUAACAGACACCAUUGUUAGCUGCUGUUCUUGUCUAAAGUAUAUGGAGCCAGUAGUGAAGGUUCAGAGACUAUACCGGUGUUUUUUUUACAUGUUUUAGCUCAGUUACUACAAAUCCCACAUUGGUAGUAGUACUGCCCAACUCAGCCUACCAUCAUUAGUUGAAUAUCUUUUUUUAAAGUUCCAUCUUUUUCUGCAUAGAGCAUGUUUUGGAGUCUUCCAAAGAGGUUUUAGCCAAAGGAAAAUUACCAGUGCCAAAAUUACCAAAAAAUUGAUGGUAAUAAUUUUAACCAGUUUUAUUAAUUGGGAUGUCAUUAACUGAAGCAUAAUACAUACCCAGAAUGACACUUUAGUGCAUCAGUGGUCAGAAAUAAGAGGAAAAUGCAUAGAUUUAUGUCAAACGAGGUAACACAGAUUCAUUGCCUUUACUGUAUGCAAACCGAUCAUACUUAGUGCUGUGCAUUAUCAACUCCCCAAGGCCCGUUAUCAGCCAGGAAAAGCCUGCUGUACAAUAUGACAUAAGCUGUCAAGGUGGGAUAAUUGCCUGGGUUCAACAAGCCAUGACUGUGAGCAUCAUGACUUUGUUUUAGUCAAGAGUUGCAUGAAAAUGCACUUCCAAGUGUGCAAUUGUUAAAAUCUUGCAGAUGUGACAGGUUCGCGUGCUUAACAGCCUCAAUUUCCUGCCAAAAUAGUUGUAUUUAUGAGCUGUGAAUAUGGGGAAAUCAAAUCCAGAACACAAAUAUCAAGCAUUAAAUAGAUGUUGUUAGCAAUAUAAAGGUUGCUGUUUGGAAACAGACUCUGGCUUUGGUUAUCACUUUUUCUUCAACACAUGAAUCCACCCUGUUCGAAGGGUUUUCACACCCAUUCACUUCUUUUUCUUUUUUGCUUUUGUCCUUGACAACAAAAAAUUUGCUUUGACAACAGAAAAGAUGAAUGAGUAACUCUAAGCAAGCUGUACAAAGUCUUCAUGAAUAGAUUUUCAUCUCAUACCGAAAUGAAAGGAAAUGGGCAGCACAGAAAUUUCCAAAAAUACAUGGUAAUCUUCAAAAAGCGUUUAGCAGAAGCCUUCGUUAUAAUUGAUUUCUAGUUAAAAAAAAAAUCUGCCAAAAUGUGUAAAAACGCCAGUUUUGGUCCUUUGAGAAAAGCACAGAUUACUGAAGCAAUUAAAAUGCUGGAUAAGAAAGUCCACUUGUUCAUUUGGAUGAAAGAAAGUAACGCUACUAUGUGUCACAUUUAAUCCCAUCUGAUUCAAAGCGAGUACAUGUGUGGGAGAGAGAGGCAUUUAUUUGAGUCGGUGCUUUAAGCCAACAACACGGUGGCAGUUACAUUUUACUGGACUCUCAUUAACUAUGCUAAACUUUGCCAGAACCAUUAUGUGACUUAGUAUAUUGCUAUGAAUUUAGUGCAACAGUUGGUGCUAGAAAACCAAAGAAAAUUAGGAGAUACUGUCCAGCCAUGACUGUCAUAUUAUUAUGCAAAAAGAAAGCCCACAAACAAAUAUGUUACUACUUAUCUAAUUACAACAAUACUGUUUUGACAGAGUCUGAAAGACGUAUUUCAACUCCUCACUGUCAGUAAACCGCCAUCUUGGAUUCUUUCCAGGUCAAAGUGUUCAAGUGAUGAAAUGGCAAAAUCACAACAAUGCUUCCAUUCUUCUUCUGGCUUCACUUGUUUGCUGGGUCAACUUUUAGAAUUCUGCAAAUCCCAGUACUGUACAUACAUCUUUGGAUUUGUGUAUUUUUUUUGUAUUCAUUUGUGAAUAUUUACUUCACUGCAGCUUCUGUCUUGAAGUUAUCUUCCAGUACAAGUUGACCCGCUUUGUUUAACCCGUCACCGUCCCAGUUGCACCUGCUUCCCUUAAUAUUAAACUGAUUAUUAUAUCAUCUGGUAUCUCUCUGCUCCUGAAAGUUUAAUAUCCCGUGCACUGGUGUCUGUUUAUAGGAAUGCUUUGUUAGUUAACCUGCUUUUUCUGCGUGUUGUAUCGCACACAGAAACCCUUCUGUUCACAUGCUUAAAUGCGCUUAGAACCAUUUACAUCCAGGUAAACAAUCCAGACGAAAUAUAUAAUGGGUUGGAACUAUAUACUGUACAUUAUGUCAUAUAAAAAAAUAAACUGCGUGAUAAUUUGA